AUGGCAGAGGGGGGUGUGGCCGAUCAAGUCUUGGAUGAGACUCAGAAGGAACUUCAAGAAUGUCCUAUCUGUUACACUGAGUACAAGGAUCCUAGGAUGCUAGACUGCUCACACAGCUUCUGCCUGAAAUGUCUCCAAGAACUCAGACUGACACAAAAUAAGGACAACAAGAAUAUUGUCUGUCCGUUGUGUCGAAAGGAAACUGCCCUGACUGAAGCUGGCGUGGAUAUGCUACCUGGAGGAUCAAAGGAGGUCAAUCAACAGGAACAGACUGAAGGUCAGGGGUUAAAAGUCAUGUGCCAUGCAUGCGAUGAGGAAAAUGAAGCCAUUUCUAGAUGCAUGGAUUGCAAGCAUUAUCUCUGUCAAGAAUGCCAGAGGGCACACAAUCGAUUGGCACCACUGAAGAGUCACAAGAUUGUGGCUUUGACAGAGCUACCUGUUGAGUCUCAUGAAAGAACAGAGGAAACUGAACUCAAGAAAGUUCCCAAGUGUUUCAAGCAUCCAGAUCAAGACCUCUCUCUGUAUUGUAACACAUGUGAAGUCCUCAUAUGCAAUGAAUGCACAAACAUUGAUCACAAAGAAUCCAUGCAUUCUUAUGAAGGUAUCGACGAGGCAUUCAAUAAAUGUAAACAAGAAGUAAAUGAAUCCGUAUCUAAAACAGAAGAGUGCAUUAAAAAAUUUGCUUCUGUCAAGCCCUGUUCAGGUCAUUCACGCUACCGACUUGACAAGAUGCUGGCAAAAACGUACUCUCAAAUUUCACAGAAAGCGGAAAAGGAAAUUGUCAAAAUCAGAGAAAAAGAAAAACAACUCAAAAUGGAGGCCAGGGACAUUGCCACUAAACAAGAUACAGAAUUUGCAUACGCAGAAAUGUCUGAGCAGAUUCUGGGUGAAGUUAAUAAAGUUAUGACUACAGAAACGUGCUAUGAGAUCCUGAAGUCCAAGAAGAAAAUGCUGUGGGAAUUGAAUGAGCAGGUUAGAGUGCAUAAGAGUUUGGAUAUCAGGCAUGGGAAGUCAUUCCUUGGUUUAAGGGAGAGUAAAGAGGACGGUCAGCUUGGGACUCUGCUCUUGGAGGAGAAAUGGGAGAGAGAUGAGGCCUUUGGAAGUGUGUACGGCACAACCCAUAUUGCAGCGUACUCCACAUGUGAAAUGGUUGUGACAUGCAGUGAUAAGCUGCUUACAUUGGAUCCAGAGGGGAAGGAGAUUUCUACGAAGACCUACAAACCUGACCCUGAUAAACCAAACGAACCCCAUGACCCUAAUGACAUACAGAAAGCAACAGCUCUAGCCAUCAACAAGGAUGAUCAACUUCUGAUCCUAGACAAUCCUGCAGUCAAGAUCUUCAACAAGGAAUACCAGCUCCUUCAUCAGUUCCUACCGGGUAAAGAGGCCGGCAUGGACAGCACGCCAAUGUGCCUGGCAGUGGACGGCAGCAAUCUGAUAGCAACAGUAAUCACAAUCAUCAUAAUCGGCGGUAAAUUUCCUCCAAAACAGACCUGCUCCCUAAGCCUUGACGUCGCUCUGAGUGGUCUCUCGUCUUGGGAAAGUUUGGGCUUGGGAAGAUCAGCUGCACUCCAAUAUGAGUCAGACUUGGUCCCUAUCAACUUCGCUUUGGCCGGGGGAGAUCCCGGGCAUGCCGUCACAAUAUUAUGGGGACCAAAGACGCUAUGGGGACAGCAGAAAGUCCCCAUAACUCAGUCCUAA